GCGACUGUGUCCAAUAAUAUACGCGUACGAAGAAUAAUGGCGAUGUGCACAGUUUUACGAUGUGUUUCUGUUAGUUUGACCUCUUCUCUGCCUCGUCUUUCAAACAUAAAUGCUCAUGCUCCGGCUAGACUGUUGGCCAGGACAUGCUACAGAAGAUCUCUGAGCACAAACACUCCGUUCUGCGCAGCACUGAAGUUCACAGACAAACACGAGUGGGUUCGCGUGGACGGUGGUGUGGCGACUGUGGGGAUCAGUAAUUUUGCUCAGGAGGCACUGGGAGAUGUGGUCUACUGUGGGCUUCCUGAAAUCGGCGCAAAGUUAUCACAGACAGAUGAGUUUGGUGCUCUGGAGAGUGUUAAAGCAGCGAGUGAGUUGUACUCACCUCUGACUGGAGAGGUGACAGAUGUCAAUGAUGCCCUGGCUGACAACCCUGGACUGGUCAACAAGUCUUGCUAUAAUGAUGGCUGGCUUAUGAAGAUGACCGUAUCCAUUCCUGAGGAACUGGAUGGACUGAUGGAUGAAGCUGCGUAUGAGAGAUACAUCAAAUCUAUAGAGGACUAGAGCGUGUGACGCAUUCGGGAGAGGAUUUAAAAACCAAUCACUUAAGGAAUGUUUAUUUCUUCAUCAAAUACAUUUUCGUUUGUAGCUGAUUUAAUUUAGAUGUUCUUCUAAAAUAUAAUUUCCCAUCAACCCCACACACCCAGCCAACGCAGGGGACCACAUUGGACACAACACUAUGCACUUUGCUUGGGAAAACAGCAAGCAAACCUGGUUAAAUCGAGCCAGUUACUGUAAGUUAAUGUUUUAUCAACAAAUAUUUGGAGAUCAAGCACGUAACGGCUUCAUCUCUUUUGUAGAUGUUGCACUGUUCUUACGAAAGCUUGUUUUUGCUUGAAAUACGCUGCAAAUAAAUGUGGAAGUAGAGUGUCCAGUUCGAGGACGGGUAUGAAGUUAUGUUGGUUUUGAAAUGAUUAACUUUAACACUAUUAAACAAAUACAGAAAACU